AUGUACCGAAGUAGCCCACUUUAUGACAAGAUUUAUUCGCGAAACACAAGAGCGGGACCGGGACUCCGUGAGUUUAUGAUAACACAAUUGGAGGAAACGCCAGAUAAAGUUAUUGAAGCCGCACUCAAGAAUCAGCAAGAAAGUCUAGAAAUUCUCAGAUUGGAAGAAUUACCGGAAAGAUCCCCCUUGCUACAAGUCAUUAAUCUGUCAGAUUUUGAGCAUACGACCGAUCGAGUCAUGGAAACAAUGGCCAAACUGGAGCAUCUGGCGAAGACGUUGAAAGUGCUGACGGUGAUUGAUUGUGGUUCGCUGGAGCCUGAUAUCAUUCAAUACGCCGAAGACAUUCUCGGAGAAUCGCACGUCAGAUACAAGGACCCUGAAACGGAUUCAGAAUAA